AUAACGGAGGCAGAGGAUGUUGGAGAGCGGCGUCAUCUUUAGGCCCGUGUUUACACGCGUGUGUUGACAGCGUGUGUUCGUGUUUAAAGCAUAAAUACUUUAUUUGAUGAUGGAUAUCGCUCUUUAUCUUAUAGCCGCAGCGAUUCUGAUAGUCCUGAUCGUCUUCGCUGUGAAGGUCCGGGGGCGCGCAGAGGAAGCUGGCCGUGAAGAUCGUCAGAAUGUGGUUGCGCGAGCUGCAGCGGCCCCGCGAGUGGCGGAGGAGCGAGGGGCCGGCAUGCCCCGCCGCCGCAGAGGUCUCGACAGGAUGAUGGCACAGAGACGCGCACAGCGGGACGCCACGGAAAACGAGAAUGUUGCUCUGGAGGAAGACGAGGAUGAGGAAGAUGAGCAGCUGCAGGCCGAGGAGCGCCCCCAGGCUGCAGGGAAAGUGGGCGCUAAGAAGCUGAGGAAGCUGGAAGAGAAACAGGCCAAGAGAGCACAGAGGGAGGCUGAACGGGAGGAGCGAGAGGAGAGGAAGCGCAUACAGGAGCUGAAGGAGCAGGAGAGGAGGAAGGAGGAGGAGAAGGAGAGGCUGCUGGAACAGAAACAGGAGGAGGAGCUGCAGCGUGCUAAAGAGGAGCAGGAGAGGAAGGAGGAGGAAGAGUACCAGCGACUCAAAGAGUCCUUCAUCGUCGAGGAGCAAGGAGAGGCUGAUGAGCUCACUGAACAGGAGUCUCACAGCUUGCUUCAGGAGUUUAUCCAGUACAUUAAGGACUCAAAGGUGGUGUUGUUAGAAGACUUGGCAUCCCAUUUUGGAAUGCGCGCACAGGAUGCUAUUGCCAGACUGCAGGACUUGAUAGCAGAUGGUUCACUUACAGGAGUGAUCGACGACAGGGGGAAGUUUAUCUUCAUCACUCCCAAAGAGAUGAAUGCUGUGGCUCAGUUCAUCAAAAAGAGGGGAAGAGUGUCCAUUUCAGAACUGGUCCAGGCCAGCAACACCCUCAUCAACCUGACGCCUACGAUUCAGAGCACGUCCUGAUUUACUGUCCACCACCUGUGCAGAUUCUAACUCGUGCUCAGAGACAUCAUGGAGCGCUUUUACCAAACAGAUCACGAGUACUUUUUCUAAAAGAGUGCGAAUAAUAAAGGGAGCCUGGUCUGUUUGAGUGCUGCAAUCAGCUGUUCGUGUCCGUAUUGAGAAGUGUGAAGGCCGAGCUCUAAAGCUGACCACACGCUUGUAAUCUUACUGGACUUCUUCUUUUUCUGUUUCUGCUUUUUUUUUCUUGUUUCUCAAACGCAGCUUCUUUAAAAACGACUAAUUACACUGAGGAAAGAGCCGCUUAGCAAAUACUGUGCGUGCUUUCUGUUGGCCUUUUUCUAUAGAACAGUGAGAAUCAACACCAAACCAGUUUCAGCCAUUGUACAAUGCAAUGAUACACGAUGAACGUGACGCCUGAGACACUGUUUGACGAUUGUUAUGAAAAGAUUUUGGCCUUAAAACGUCAAGAGAUGCACAUGCCGAGACAAAGCAGUACACGAAGAAUAUUUUUUUGUAUAUUUACGACCAUUUCUAACCAACAAAUGCUGAAAAAAGACGUGUAGGUUCACUGGUUGUCUUAGUAAAUAAAAUGGCUGUAUUUGUGUUGCAGACAUGGUGACCCCUGAUUAGAAAUCUCACCCAUCUCACAUCAGAUUUCUCUGAAUGACUUUGUUUACAUCUCAACUGGAAUAUGCAGCAGGCUCAUAUCUAUAGCUAUUAGAACGGGGAGACCCAGGACGCCCCGGAGAUUUUAAUAGGGUGGCACAGUGUUAGGAAAGAAGUGUUUCUACAUUAAAAUGACAUAAAAAUUG